AUGUGCAUUAACGUUGAAGAAAAUGUAUUAAAACGCAAAUAUGAAUUUAUAAAUCCACGGGCAUCUUCAACAAAAACAAUCCAUCAACCAUCGGAAUUUCAAUAUAAAGAACUUGAAAAAAUUUAUUCUUCAAAUCUUUAUUGUCCAUGUUCAACAGUUUCAAUAAGUUAUUCAGCUUUUAUUACGAUUGAACCUUACUUUCACCAAGUAUGGCCAAGUGAUUUUAUAUCAGAUGCAUGGAUUAAUUAUAUCAGUGGUGACGAGAUGAUGAACGAUUUUCUUUCAAUAUUUGACUAUCAAAAUUCUGGUGUAUUCCACUUUCAGUUAUUGUCAUUGUUAUGUCAACAUUCUCAACAAACAGUUAAUAUAAGUAUCAAAACAUUUCUUCAAACACAAUUUCUAUCUUCACAAGUUAUUUCUCAAAAUCGAUUUGAAGCUAAAAUUAAUUCAUCUAUUAAUGAUUGGAAAUCUCAAACUAUUGAUCAAUUUUUAGAAACAAUAAAAAUAUUUCAAGCUGUAUCACACGGAAAUCAACUUGUUAGUCAACUGUUUCGUUAUUAUAUUCCUCAUAUAGACUUGAAUGAUAUAAAAAUGCAUUUUGAAGCAGGAGAUUAUUUCAAUUGUUCAUGUACUUUAUCUUCAUUAUGCCUUAUCUCUAUCGAUCUUCCACCGAAUGAAACAAUUGGAGCAAUUAUCAAUAAACUUAUGAUUGAUUCUUGGACAUCGAAUAUUUCAUUCUCUUCAGAUUAUAACACAUGUUCUCCAUCACAGUAUACGUAUGAAUUUAUUAGUCGAAAUGAUUUAUUCUUUGUUAUAACAACAAUUCUUGGUAUUUUUGGUGAUUUAUCUCUGGAAUUAAAACUACUUACUUUAAUUGUUCUUCGACUUACUGAAAAUACAAUUAAUAAUAAUUCUUUCAGUGGAUUUAUAACAAUGAUAAAAAGCUUAUUUGUUUGUAAUACAGAACAACGUAUUAUUAAUCGACUUCAUUUUGUUUUUCUUUUACUAAUAUUAUGCUUAGUAUUUAUAUUUUUUUGCUUUUAA